GGCCGCUCCGCCCAAGCCGGAGCCUGGGCACAAUGAGGAAGGGGCCGUGGAGAGCCAGGGGAGCGCGCAUGCGUUUUUGCGCCCGGCGGCUUUCCCCUUCAUUUUCUAGUCUGGUGCGGCAGCGGCGGGAGGGAGGGAAGCAGUGGCGGCUGGGGAAGCAGAAAUACAGAUGAGGGAAGAGGCGAAGCCAAGGCCGGCUAAGCCAGAGCAGCCCAGGCGGCCCCGGGAAGAGGCACAAGCGCCGCACCCAGCCGCGUCGUCGGGCUUCUGCUUGCCGUGGCGCGCCGGCUUGUUCGGGUAGCCGGGCUGGGGCGUUCGGACAUCUCCCAGUCCUCGCUGCCUUUUCGCCGCUGCAGGAAAAUCCCAGCCGCCUCCCUCCGGGCUCCGGCUCCCUUCCCCGCCCCCUUGGCAUUUUUUUUCUUUUUUGGCGGGGGGGGCAGAGCCAGGAUCUACAAGGCUCUUUGGAAAGGAUCCUUCAGAGGGAUCUCUUAAACUGUCAUCGGCCGGGAUUUUUUUUUAACCGAGGAACAAAAGGAAUCGAGACCGAGUGAGCCAGGGCCGAGGAAGAGAGGACACCCGGGGCUUGUUCCACAUUCCUAUGCAGAGGCAGGGAGUGUGGGGAAUUUCUCCCCAUAAGCACCGCUGAGGUCGUUGCAUCGCCUCUUUCCUCGGCUACUAUAGGAUAUAUAUAUAUAUUUAAUAGGCACGCUCUUGUGAUUUUGGACAUCUAUUUGAGGAGUUGCCUUUUGGAGGGAGAAUCAUGUAAAUUGCGUUUGCGAGAAACCCGGGCUCUGUGGGUGGGGGGAGGGAUCGAAAAAUGGGGGAUGCCGCAGACGUCAAGGAACUGAGGAAGACGUUCAUUGUGCCUGCCGUCAAGCCCUUCGAUCAUUACGAUUUCGGCAGGGCGAAGAUCGCCUGCAGUGUAGCCUGGCUGGUGGCCAAAGCCUUCGGGACAGAAAAUGUACCAGAGGAACUUCGAGAGCCUUUUUAUACGGAUCAAUAUGACCAGGAACAUAUUAAACCUCCUGUUGUUAAUUUGCUGCUAUCAGCUGAACUUUACUGUCGUGCCGGGAGUCUUAUUCUCAAGAGUGAUGCUGCCAAACCACUCCUGGGUCAUGAUGCUGUUAUCCAGGCCUUGGCACAGAAAGGCCUGUAUGUCACUGACCAAGAGAAAUUGGUGACGGAGAGAGACUUGCAUAAGAAACCUAUUCAGAUGAGUGCUCAUUUGGCCAUGAUCGACACCUUGAUGAUGGCUUACACUGUGGAAAUGGUCAGCGUGGAGAAAGUGAUUGCAUGUGCCCAGCAGUAUUCAUCCUUCUUUCAAGCCACGGACCUUCCCUAUGACAUAGAAGAUGCUGUCAUGUUUUGGAUAAACAAAGUAAAUGAACAUUUGAAAGACAUCAUGGAGCAGGAGCAAAAGCUAAAAGAGCAUCACAGUGUUGAAACUCCAGGAGGUCAAAAGUCUCCUUCCAAAUGGUUUUGGAAACUGGUUCCUGCCCGUUAUAGGAAGGAACAAACUCUGCUUAAGCAGCUGCCCUGCAUUCCAUUGGUGGAAAAUCUGCUGAAGGAUGGUACAGAUGGUUGUGCGUUGGCUUCCUUGAUCCAUUUUUACUGCCCGGAUAUAGUAAGAUUGGAGGAUAUUUGUUUGAAGGAGACCAUGUCAUUGGCUGACAGUUUGUAUAAUCUGCAAUUGAUACAGGAAUUUUGUCAGGAGUAUUUGAACCGAUGUUGCCAUUUUUCACUUGAAGAUAUGCUCUAUGCCGCUUCUUCAGUAAAGAGCAAUUAUUUGGUGUUCAUGGCAGAGCUCUUCUGGUGGUUUGAAGUAGUGAAGCCAUCAUUCGUUCAGCCUCGAGUUGUAGUUCAUCCCCAAGCUGAACUUCCGAAGGAAACAUCUUCUGUUCCUGCCGCAAGUACCAGUAGAAGAAGCUAUUCAGAUGCUUCACAGAGUUCUGACCCAAUAGGCAGUGUGGCUGGACCAACUUUUAAACCAUCUCACCAGAUUCCACCGGUUAGGAAUACUCACAAUCUGCCUUAUUCAUCUGUUCCAGUAGGCAACAUUAGAAGAUCUGCAUCUAUGUCUUAUGUGGAUGGAUAUGUAGGGACGUGGCCCAAAGAGAAACGAUCAUCAGUGCAUGGAGUUUCAUUUGAUAUUUCUUUUGACAAAGAAGAUAGCAUGCGUAUCACAACUCCAAACAGACGAAUGACUAGAUCUAUUAGUAAUGAAGGUCUUGAGAAAAAUACUGACCGCAUGCCCAGACAUAUUAGAAAAAACCUGUCCUUCAAACCUGUGAAUGGAGAAGAAGACAGUGAGGAUAUUGAAGAAGAAAGGGAUGAAGACUUUCCCAGUCAUCCAGAGGUCAGUAGUAUUCAAAGGAAUGCCAAUCAAGUUAGCCCGUAUAACCUCCCAAAUGGAGCACUGCAAAACAGAUUGGUUACUGAUGAAGAUGGCAAUCAAAUUGAGGCACCAAGCAUUGAACAAGCUUUGCAAAUUAUCCAUGAUACUGAAAAAUCUCCCAGCAUUACUCAGCCACAACAAAUUACAAAUGGGUUUUUCCUUCACAACAAGGAGAUGAACAUUUUGAAUUCAAACGUCAAACCUGAUCAGAGUAAUCCUGAUAUUGCAGACACGAAAGGUGCCCUCAGUCCCAUAACUGACAAUACAGAAGCAGACACGGGAAUUCAUGUCCCUUCGGACAUUCCAGAGACUAUGGAUGAAGAUUCUACCUUGAGAGACUAUACUGUCAGCCUGGACUCUGAUAUGGAAGAACCAUCUCGAUUUUUGCAUGACUUCGAUAGCAGAGGCAUCAACCAAAAGGAGCAAAUAAGCCCUUGUCCAAGCUCAGUAAGUGCCAAAUCUCAAGCAGGAAGUAGUGCUUCUUCAAGCUCAGGAGUCAAAAUGACCAGUUUUGCAGAACAGAAAUUUAAGAAACUUAAUCACACAGACAGCAGAAGCAGUGGAAGCAGUUCUCAGAAAACAACCCCAGAAGGCUCUGAGCUGAAUAUUCCUCACAUGGUUUCCUGGGCUCAAAUACCCGAGGAAUCUCCUCUCCCUCAAGGAAGAGACACUACACAGUUGUUGGCCUCUGAAAUGGUGCAGUUGAAGAUGAAAUUGGAAGAGAAGAGGCGAGCAAUUGAGGCCCAGAAGAAGAAAGUUGAGGCUGCAUUCACAAAGCAGAGGCAAAAAAUGGGAAGAACGGCAUUUCUUAAUGUUGUGAAAAAGAAAAGUGAUGGAAUUUCACCAUUGAGAGAAGAGGCAGCUGGAGCAGAGGAUGAGAAAGUGUUUACGGAUACCAAGCCGAAGGAAAAAGAAACACAGAAGCCAGAUGAACAACUAAACAAGGAUUCAGAAAAAUUAAAGGCGAGCGUUGAAAAUCCCCACACCAAAUGGCUUAAGCCCCCAACUACCCCAGUUGAUCCUGAGAAACAGUGUAAUUUGACAAGUCCUUCAGAGGAGAACAUAAAUGAAGGUGACCUUUUAGAAUAUACAAAGUCUAUUGAGAAGCUCAAUUCUUCCUUACAUUUCCUGCAGCAAGAAAUGCAACGGUUAUCACUUCAGCAAGAAAUGCUAAUGCAGAUGAGGGAACAGCAAGCUUGGGUUAUUUCACCACCUCAGCCUUCUCCCCAGAAACAAAUUCGGGAGCUUAAAUCUUCUCUGAGAUCUACUGGAUCCUCUCCCAUUGCCUCAUUUUCAUUGGAAUCUCCCCGACCUUCCCAUCACUCCCCACAGUCGUCUUCCAGGAAGAAUUCCACUCUCCCUAGUAAAAUACAAAGGACUCCUAGGCCAAAUGAACUGAAAAUAACACCUUUGAAUCGCACUUUGACUGCUCCACGAUCUGUAGAUAGUCUUCCUCGUUUGAGAAGAUUUUCUCCAAGUCAGGUGCCCAUUCAGACUAGGUCAUUUGUUUGCUUUGGAGAUGAUGGGGAACGUAUCUGCGAACCUCAGUUGAGGGGAAAUCUUUUAAAAGAGGCAGCUGACAAAGAAGCAGCUGGUGAGAGAGAAGCAGAACAAAAAGUAACACAAGAAGUAGUUGAACAAAAACGAGAGGAGAACCAGAUCAGACCUAUUGAGUCCACAGUGUCCGAAGUACUGUCACAGCCCAUUAUUGAAACUGUCUGCCUUACUCCAAGUGAAGAGUUACUGAACCCACCAGUCUUGCCACCACCUCCAGCUAAAACUCCUAACCUCAUAGAAGUCCCCCUCUCAAACGUCAAACUGCCGGAAAAGCCAGAAGAGUCUAUUGAGAAAUCAGAGGGCGAGAGUGACAAAGAACAGAUGGAGGAUGACCAAAAAGUGUGUUGUGGAUUCUUUUUCAAGGAUGAUCAAAAGGCUGAAGAUGAUAUGGCGGUAAAACGGGCAGCAUUACUGGAGAAGCGAUUAAGAAGGGAAAGGGAAACCUUACUUCGAAAGCAGCAGCAGGAGGCAGAGCUGGAACACAAGAAGGAAGAAACAAAGAGGAAAUCUGAGGAAGAACGUCAGAAGAAGGAAGAUGAAAAAGCACGGCGAGAGUUCAUUAAACAAGAAUAUAUGAGGCGGAAGCAGCUAAAACUCAUGGAAGACAUGGACAUUGUCAUAAAGCCCCGUUCCCAUUCAUGCAAACAGAAAAAGCCACGACCCAAAUCUAUUCAUCGAGAUCAUAUUGAAUCACCCAAGACUCCAAUUAAAGGUCCCCCAGUAUCCAGCCUUUCCCUGGCAUCUCUGAACACAGGAGACAAUGACAGUGUGCAGUCAGGCAAGAGGACCCCACGGUCCGAGUCUGUGGAAGGAUUUUUAUCUCCAAGUCAUUGUGGUAGUCGUAAUGGAGAAAAGGAUUGGGAAAAUGCAUCUACAACCUCUUCAGUUGCUUCUGCUACAGAAUAUACAGGACCAAAGCUGUACAAAGAACCCAGUGCAAAAUCUAACAAACAUAUAAUCCAGAAUGCUCUGGCUCAUUGUUGCUUGGCUGGAAAAGUUAAUGAAGGGCAGAAGAAUAAAAUAUUGGAGGAAAUGGAGAAAUCAGAUGCCAACAAUUUUCUAAUACUCUUCCGGGACUCCGGCUGCCAGUUCCGGUGUUUGUAUACGUACUGUCCUGAAACUGAAGAAAUCAAUAAAUUGACUGGGAUAGGCCCCAAGUCCAUUAGCAAGAAAAUGAUCGAGGGGCUCUAUAAGUACAAUUCUGACAGGAAGCAGUUCAGCCACAUACCUGCUAAAACUCUUUCUGCCAGUGUCGAUGCAAUUACCAUUCACAGCCAUUUGUGGCAGAGCAAGAGACCUGUAACGCCGAAAAAACUCUUACCUGCAAAGGCAUAGUGACUUGGGGAGGGGUGGGAAGGAUCCCUUGCUGCAGACUGUUGUGGGAAACUUGCACUUCAUCUUUGCUGCCUAUUAGAAAAUAGGUUCCUGUUUGCCAACGAGACUCCUUUGAACUCAAGUCUGAAAACCAAGCUCUGUCAUCAUGCACAACUGGAAUGUAAACACAGUAUUUAAGAUUCAGAGAAAACUGACACUUAGGUGAUUAUGCAUUCAUGUGCUCAUGAAAGAUUGAGUCACAAAUGGAGACAGAUGUGUGCUUUCAUGCAGUCUAGAGUGUUCAUUUCCUAUUUUGAAACACUGAACUAAUGAAUGUUGCAAAAUCUAUAGUGACAAAUUACUUUUUUUUACAUUUGUUGCCUUAUACUUUGGUAUUUUGUGCUUGGUCUGGCAUUUGCUGUAGCUGUUAAUAUAUAUACUGGAGAAAUAUUCUGUCUUGAUUUAACACUCCAUUAAAUUUUUAGCAUCCUCCAGGCCUCUUUGCACUUAAAGGGAGAAAUCUGUUAGUUAAGCUUUCAUUCAUUGCAAAGGAUUUUGCACAGGAAAAGCUCAUUGGUUGAGAAUACUCAGAAUUAAAUAUUGCUAGCAUGUCUAUCAAUUGAUUUCUAGCAUUUACUAUUCAGCAAGGAAGUGUAUUUUUACAAAAUGUAUCAAUAUUACAUUCAAAAAUUCACCAUGGACCUGAUCCAGAUAGUGUUUUGUUUUGUGCUCUCAAGUCACAGCUGAUUUAGGGCAGUGGCUCUGUAGAGGUUUUCAAGGCAAUACAUGUUCAGAGGUGGCUUGCCAUUGCCUGCCUUUGCCUCUGGUAUUCCUUGGUGGUCUCCCAUCCAACUACUAGCCAGAGAGCUUACCCUGCUUAGCUUCUGAGAUCUGACAAGAUGUUUUCCCUGUUGUGUUCAAGAAGCGUCUUCCGACAGCUACAACCCAAACUUUUUUUUUACACAACCAUUUGAGAUUCAGCACAGAGAUCCCAUAUAGUUUAAGCAAGAAAAACAGAUAAAAAUAACUCCGCAUGUGCAAGCCCCAUACAUGCAUGUAAGGUAGCUCCAGCAGUCAGGGACCAUAUGGUAUUUUCAUUUCAAAACUCUAAACAGAAUAAUGUUGUGCUGUGUCAAAAUUAGAAAGUUUGGGUGAAUCUUUUUGAGAAAGGACAUUGGAAAUCUCUAUUGAUAAGACUACUUAAAGCUCUUUUGAUGCUACCCAGUAUGGACCAAAGUAAAUUUUCUUCUGAGAAACAAAAGGAUUAAAUUUUGCUAAAUAAAAGGAACUGUAAGGAUUAUGGUUCAUGACAUCUUGAGUGUAUUCAAACUGAGAAUGGCAAAGAUCCACAAUCUUAAAGCAAUGUAAUUGUUAUCUGAAUAAUCACUGGGGUAUAUUUUCAGUAUUUACAAAGGGCUGCACAUCUGUAUAUUUUAGAAAAGUAAUUUCUGGUUUUUUAUGUACUAUUUAGUAUAGCAAGCACUGUUCCAACAGGUGAAAAGUACAAACUUGAAACUUUUCCUUAUUUUUGUGGUUGGUUUUUUGACAUUAUUCACCAGAGGACUUAGUUGGGGGGUGGGAAGGGAGCUAGGUGGAACCUCAUUCUCAGGAAAAGACUUGAAUUAUUGCUGAUCCUGUUCCGUUUCAGUGUUGUGACAAGUGUUGGAACUUCAAGACAGUAUUGAACUAUUCUUAUUACUUUUACGAUGGGUCUAAAGAAGGAAAACUUAAAAUUCCAUACACCUCUCCCAUUGAACUGUUUGAAUUGGAGAAGUAAUGCUUCACUACAUUGUGCUCGUAUUCUUAAUAUAGAAGAUGUACAGGAAUGAGAAAUCCUUAAAUAAUUUAGGCAACAGUACUUUUUUAAAUUAUUAAAAGGCCUUAGGCAUCAAUGCAUCUGGGUUGUUUAGCAACAUUUACUCAGAAAUGCAGUCAAUAUUUUACUGUAACUUAUGUUCUUAUAUUUAUGUAUAUUUGUUAAAACUGUAAAAAAACACCCUCCUGUUUAAUAGAGAUGUGACUCGGAUCCAUUUGUGGUUAGGUGAUUCCUAAUGUUUGCAUGUAUAUGAACCAGGAUAUCUAACCAUCUUCUAUUUCAAAUGUAAACAUAUUGUGUAUAUAUUAUAUAUAAUAUAAAAUAGGAGAUGAAUGGUCUGUAUAUUCUACCUGCUAGGCUUGGCUCCAACAAAUGAAAUUUGGAAGUCUUAUUACCCAUGGAAAUGGAAGUCUGACUGAAGUAAAUCCAUUGUUGGGGAAGAACCGGCAGGAUUUAUAUGGAAUAGAGGGUUUUAAAGGGGACAGCACAUGGAAGGAUUUUUUAAAAUUUAACUAUUCUGUUCUUGCUAAAAGGAAAACUAGAUUAAGGAUACAUACCACCUGCUGAUUCAUGAACUCUCGACUAAACCAUUAUUUAUGAAGUAGGAUGGCAGAGGGUGUAAUUUUAAAUUAUUGAACAUAUGAAAUUUAUCUACAAUUCAAAAAGGGUUGUGCAAUGUCUGCAGGUAAAAUGUGUACCACACCAAGUUUGAUAGUGUUGGGUUUAAAAUGUACUAAAUUCUAGGACAGUAAGGGCAGAUUUUUUUUUCUUAAAGCUUGCAAAUUUUCUAAUGACAGUUCAUUUGGGAUCAUGUUUAGGAAGAAAGAAGCUUUUCAUGAAGUCCAGUAUUUAUCAGUGUCAUUAUCAGAACACACUGCUGCUUUAAUGGGGGAGUGUUUUUAUAGUUUAUAUGACAGCCAAACAUUCUAAUUUACAGGCCAGAUGUUCACAUUCUUAACAGUCACAUGGGCUACUGAAACCCUUUUUUGGGAUGACUGUUGCAGCUUUUAAUGCUUUGGCUGUUUAAAGCCAAAUUCUGUUAUUUAUUAUUUAAUGGGCACUGUCUGUUGAGGAAAUGUACAGUGUUUUGUGUGCUUGUCCACUUUUGAGGAACAUUGCUACCCUAUUUUUUCAGAUACUGUGCUGUAAAAUAUUGUCAUAUUGCUACUUACCUAGUACAGUGUAGUUCUUCCCUCCAUCUAAAUAAAACGCAUGGCACCAA